UUUAUUUGAAUAAAUUAAUAUGAGUUCAAGGAAUCAACUUCCCCAAUUUGAAAACCUCUUCUCUGCAACGAAACUCAUAUCGGAGCUCUGAAAGGCGAGGGAGAUCAUCCUCCGCCUGUUAACAAUUCUCUCUGCCAUGGACGCACGUCACGCAUCUCUUGGUCGACGAACUCUGGAAGAGAUUCGACAAAAGCGAGCGGCAGAGAGAUUGAGCCAAGCAUCGUCUGGAACAGAUCUCAGCAAGUCUCCCAUCCUUGCAGAUAAUGUUGGAAUAAAGAAAUCCGAGAGUGCCAAUCGACUCUCAGAGUGUGUGCAGGCUGACGUUAGUGGUUUAGUAGCGCAGCUGCAAGAACUUCAGAAAAGGAAUUCGGAGUUAGAGGAGAACAACAGGGUAUUGUUUUUUAAGCUUCAAUCGGAGAAUACUGAGAAGGAGACAUUACAAAGUCGCCUAAAUGAUCUGGAACAGAGUACUGUUCCAUCUUUAAGGAAAGCUCUUAAGGAUGUAGCAAUGGAAAAAGAUGCAGCGGUUGUUGCAAAGGAGGACCUUUCAGCCCAGCUUCGUACUCUGAAGAAACGGUUAAAGGAUGCAGAAGAGGAACAAUACAGAGCUGAGGAAGAUGCUGCAGCGUUAAGAGCAGAGUUGAACUCAAUUCAGCAGCAGACAAUGAGUAAUCAGCUCAACGGUAUAACUUCAAUGGGUAUUCCAACAGAUCAAUUACAAAGCUUGGAACAUGAGUUGGCUACUUUGAAGUCUGAUCUGCAGCGAGAGUCUUCCAUGAGGCAAGUAGAGCAACAGCGGUUGCUGGAGGAGAAAGUCAAGGUCUCUGCCCUUGAGUCUGAAAAGCAGCAGCUGGAAGACAAACUUCUUUCUCUGUCACAAAGGGCACCAGAACAAGUGUCAGAAGGAGCUGCUUAUAAUGUAUUUUCAAUGGAGGAUAAAGAGAGACUUGAGAAGCAGUUGCAUGAUAUGGCUGUUGCAGUUGAGAGAUUGGAAAGUAGUAGACAGAAGCUUCUGAAGGAGAUUGAUUCCCAAUCUUCAGAGAUAGAGCAGCUCUUCGAAGACAAUUCUCACCUUUCACAUUCUCUUCAAGAGGCAAUGAACACUGCCAACCAAUGGGAGAGCCAGUUAAAGGAUUGUCUCAAGCAGAAUAAAGAACUUCGUGUAGUGCUUGAUAAUUUGAGAACAGAACAGGCAGCUGUACUGUCUUCAAGUUACAAGGACGGGCAGAGAGGCUCAAGAGAUGCAGAAAGAGAUGGCUUAAACUCACAGGGAUCUGCAACUGAAGUUCUCUCUCUCAAGGGGGAGCUCGUAAAAGAACAAAGCAGAGCAGAAGCUUUAUCGGCAGAGGUCAUGCAGCUAUCAGCAAAGCUCCAGCAGGCAACACAGGCAUACAUUGGUCUUGCCCACGCCUAUAGACCAGUGCUUCGGAACAUUGAAAGCAGCCUCAUCAAGAUGAAGCAGGAUGGCUCCGUGACAGCUCAAUGAGAAAGCAGAGAACGCUACGAUUCAUUCGUUGCAUAUUUCAAGAAUAGCUGACCAACACUGCAGGCUUUUAUACCUACUAGCGCUGAUGAAAUGCUCGGACUUUAGGGCGAACGGCCCAGCUGGAAGAGUAGAAAGGCCAUUGCCCUCAUGUUUACUUUCUGCGUUUGGGUUGAGGGAAGUGAUGUGGGGAUACCAGAUAUCAUUUUUAGUUACCUGGUGUACAAUGGUUCUAUUUUCUUCUCACAAUUAAUAGAAAUUUACGUUUUUCGAACAUUUUGCAUUUGGAGCAAUUGAAAGGCAAUUGAGAUACUUAUUAGGUAGAGAACUCGCCAACCUUGCGACUGGAAAGAAGAAAUAAAGUAAUCAGAUGGAAUGGCUAUUACCAUAUCUUAUAAGGGUGUAUUAUUUUCUCAAAACUGUAAGGUGUACGCGCUGAUAUACACGUUGCCCCGAAAAGACAGAAAACUUUCGGCAUCUGUUUUGUCAAGAAUGUAAGCAGAAGCAACUCAAGAGAAACAGAGUAAAGAAUGAUCUUGAUUCUCACCAAUAAUCCCCACAAGAACACACCCCAUCACGGAAAUGGUGAAAGCGAUUCACGUCUCUCACCAGAAUCUCUUUACGUGCAAACUUCGAUAUGAACUUGGUAAAGGAGUGACAAUCUUCACACAGCCGCAGGUUCUUGGUGAUCCGAAUUGGCUCUGCGUUGCUGGUGUUGAUGAGUCCAAAUGCUAGCGCUAAUUUUUCGCUGUGGCCAAGCACGAUCCUCUCUUUCUCCUCUUCCCCAAGGUCAUAUAGCACCACUUUGAUCUGCGGCACAUAUCCUUUCUCCUUCAUCUCCGACGAUAAUUCACACAGCAGAGCAUGUAGCUGCUCGAUUUGAGGAUUAAACUCAUCAGUCGAGACAAAGGAAUGUAUUUGCCUCUUUACUUCUAUCCAGCUGCGACCGGGGACUUUCUGUAGUCCUCUGGAUUCAAGGAGCUUUUUAACUCUUUUUACUUCGUCCCACUUACCAGCUUCUGCAUAAGUGUCAGCCAGCAGCACGUAGUUCCCAGCAUUUGCAGGCUCGAGUUGAAAAAGCUUUGUGCUCGCCCUCUCUGCAAACUCAACGUUACAAUGAAUCCUAGACGAUCCAAGGAGAGAUCCCCAGACCUUAGGCCCUGGUUCUAUCCGCAUAUCAUCGAUGAAUUUAGCUGCUUCCUCUAACUUAUUGGCCCGCCCUAGAAGAUCCACCAUGGAAGCAUAAUGUUCCACACUAGGAAUUAUCCCAUACUCUUUUCUCAUCGCCUGAAACAAUGCUCUUCCUUCAUCCACAAGACCUGCAUGGCUACAAGCUCCCAGAAGACUGACAAACGACACAGGACUUGGUGAUAUACCGCAACUGAUCAUGUCUUUGAAAAUAUCUAUUGCUUUCUUCCCAUGCCCAUGAGCUCCAAACCCUGAAAUCAGAGAAUUCCAAGAGACGACAUCUCGUUUAUCCAUGCCGUCAAAAACUUGUUGUGCCACUUCGAGUUUGCCGCACCUUGCGUACAUUGUGACCAGUGCGCUGAUUACUGGCAAGAUGGUAUCAAGACCAUUCCUCAGAAUGUAUCCAUGUAUUAACUUUCCUUGCUCCAGGGCUGCAAGAGCAGCACAAGCUUGAAGGACGCUGACCAUUGUCACAGAAUUGGGACCUACAUCCUCUUCUGUUUUGAGCAUCAUUUCCCUGAAGAGCUUCAAUGCCUCGAAAGCCUUCCCAUUCUUCGCAUAACAAGCAAUCAUGGCACUCCAAGAAACCACAUUUUUGACCGCCAUCUGGUUGAAAACAGCACUAGCAUAAGCCACGCAUCCAAACUUGGCAUACAUAUCAACCAAUGUAGUCAUAAUAUGUACAAAUCCCCCAUACCCAUGUCGCAGAAUAUGAGCAUGAAUCUCCUUUCCCUUCCACAGCAACGAUACUAAACACUCGGAAGCAACACAAGCCUUGAGGGCGUAUGUAUACGUGAACCUAUCAGAAGGCAUCCCAAGAGAACUCAUCGUGCGGUACAAGUUCAAGACCUCUUCCCCAUGGCCCGCCAACGAAAGCGCUCGAAACAACGCGUUGUAAACAUAAAUAGUUCGCUUCCGAGUUUUGUCAAACACCUUGCGUGCAUCAUCAAUCAGGUCCAGAGACGAAUACAUAUUGAUAAGUUUCGUUGCCAAGAAGGGAUCUUGAUCAAACCCAUUCUCAUGGAGGUGGCGGUGAACCCACUGUGCAUCGACGAGCGAACUUUGGUGGAUGCAAGAGAGAAUUAGGUGCUCGUAGGUCCGUUGAGUCGGGUUGGACUCUUCGCUCAUCAGCUUCACGGCCCGCUUCAGGUUGCCUUGUUUGCAUAGAGACUGUAUAAGCUGGUUAUUGUCAGCUGUGGUCGAGGUCGAAGGAUUCAAGGAUACGAAACAAACGGGCGGCUUCCGGGAGGUACGUGGGAUGAAGGCUGAUGAAGGAGACGGCUGAGCAUUGGGUUGAGGAGAACUAAGAGCCCACAUUUGGAUAUGGCGUCUGAUUUUGAGAACCAAGCCAAGCCGCCAACAAAGGGUUGAAACAACUCUCCCCUGCGGUGGUUGAGACUUGUCAGUCCUUUCUAAUCGGACCAACUGUUGGAGUAGAUGAGAGAUGGAAUCAAUGGAGCCGAUGCAGAUGAAGUCGGAAGUCACAGGCGG